CAAUGUAAUUAUGACUGUCGUAAAAAAAUUAUCGUAUACAUCGAUUUAGUAAACAUAUUCAAACUUGAAAAUGUUGUUAAUAGCAAAUUUGGUGUUAAUCUUCAUUUUCAAUACAUUUCAUACAGCAAAAUCCAGCAAAUUAGCAAACAGCUUAGCAAUGGAACUGCUUCUCAAUACUAAGAUAAAUACAGUUGUCUCGCCACUCUUGGUUCGUUUUCCACUAUGCAAGUUGACCUCAGAAGCUGAAGGUACUACAAAAAGUGAUUUACUCUCAAUAUUAGGAAUAAAAUCUAAAGAGGUUCAAAACUGCUACACCGAAAUAAAAGACGUGUUAGAGGGAAUGUCACAUAUGGAUUUCUUGAGCUUAAACAAAAUCAUAGUGAAUUAUACUGACGACGUGAAACUCCAAUUCAUAUCGAACGGCGCCAACUACGGAAUCAAAGUUGAUAAAAUCGGCUUUAACUAUCCAAGUUCUGCAAUAUCCUUUAUAAACAGAUGGGUUGAUAAAGCCACUUUAAAAAGAGUAACAGAUGUUUUGGAGCCGAAUGAUAUCAACAACAAGUCAUCCAUGCUGAUAAUAAACGCGGCUUAUUUGAAGGUAACCUGGGAGAUCCCAUUCGAUAUAACAUUGACAAAGAAUGCAAAGUUCUAUCAAAUCGAUGGGAAGGUGUCCACUGUAUCAAUGAUGACUAAAAUGGAUACCUGUUUGUACUUCCAAGACGAAAAUAUGAAUAUUCAGUUUGUAACCAUGAAAUUGGCCAGUUUUGGCAUAACAAUGUCGAUCGCAUUACCUGAAACACGAAAAGGUCUUUCUGAACUCCUGCACAAAUUAUUACAAGAGCCAAACUAUUUUGAUCAAAUACAAAAUAAUAUGAAGUUUGAAACUAUUAAAAUAAAUUUGCCGAGGUUUAAAAUAAAGAACUGUUUCGAAUUGGAUAAAUACCUAAAAAAGAUAGGCGCAAGUCAACUUUUUAAUGAAACAUACUCGGGCCUGGAUAGAAUAUUGAAGAAAAACAGCACAUCCAAAAAUAUACAUCUUAGUAAAGUGAAACAAAAAAUCUUUAUUGAUAUUGAUGAAAUGGGGAUAUUCAGGAAACUCCCUGGAGAGAUGUACGAUGAAACGCAUGGACUAGCUUUUGGGUCUACCGAAGUUGUUGGAGAUCAUCCUUUUUACUUCACCGUCAAUUUACAAACUAGUCCUUUGGAAAAUGCUCGCAGAUAUCAUUUAUUUCAAGGAGUUUAUUAUGGACCUGAAAAUUAAAAAGAAAACAAAGCUAGACUCCCUUUUGCAAAUCUUUUAAUUCUUUAAUUUAAACUAUUAAACUAAUCAAGUGAAUUUCAAUGACAGUAUUUUAUAUUGAAUAAUACAUUAUAAAAUGUUACUUAAAAAUGGCACAAAGCACAAUGACAGCUAACUAGCGGUCACGUGCCGGUCACGUGCAGCUCAUAGAUAUGUAAUAGUAAAUAAUAGAGCCAAUCUCAACGGUGGAAUGAAUUUGCCGACUUUCAAUCAAUUGCCAGACAUUAUUUGAAUGAAAUGAAAAGGUAUUGAAAAUCGUAAUGGGCAUGCAAAUGAAGUUACACAUUUAUGUCUGAAUGAUUUUUUUUUUGUCUGUUUUACAUUAAUAUAAAGCCGAAUAAGACUGAUGGUAUUGAUAAGCUUCAUUAAUUACCGUUAAAACUGCAGCUACAUUGAUGUUACUCGCUUUGAUUUAAUUAAUUCAUUUACUCAUGUUGUAUAGCUAUCAUUUAAAUAAAAAACACUGUUGUCUUUCUGCAUGUCUACAUUAUAUUCAAGAAAAGCUAUAAACCUACUUUUUAUAUUUGUCUUAAAUAUUUUAAAAGUAUUUAUAAUAAUCUGAGUUCAUAGUAAAACUUAUUGCAAGUGUGGACGCAGCCAACAACUAGCUCAUAACAAAAUCUAUCACAAAAAAUAUUACCAAUACUUUGGUCAGAUUGGAGCCAACUAAUUGGGUCCCUAGAGAUUUACCUGUCAGAUGACAGACCACAACAAUCCUUGUUUUGUGAGAUGAGUCUACGCUAAAAUACUGAAAUAAUAAAAAUAAAAAAGUUUUUCUCGUUCACGUUAUAUAUCAUUUAUCGUUAAUUAUGUUAGUAAUAAUAUUCCUAGUUCCCAAACAAUCAGGCCUCUGGAGGGUGUUUACUUAUCCAACAUAAUGUUAAAAAAGUUGUUUAUUAUCACCAAAAGUCUAUAAAUAUUUUUAAAAAAUAUAGAUUUUUUUCCAUUACUAAAAUUAUAAGUUAACGGUUAAAUUAAAAAGAAUUUGGGAACCGAAACUGGAAAUCUUUUUAAGUUUCGUUGACAUAGAA